AAAUUGAGUUCAUUGGUAUUCACUCAAUACCACUACUGGUCUCCAUUAACCACUUAUGUACUCUCUUUAAGCAAAGAGUCAAUUCUCUACUGCUCUGCUUGUGAAAACCGAUAGUUUCGCGCUCAUAUUAAGCCGCGGUCGCGACAUAUUUAAUAUUAAGCCAAGUCAUGGAAGAAUUAUUGCAAUAUGCGUGAGCACUCAAACAAUUAACGAGAAGGCUAAUCACUAUGGUCAACUUCAUGCCGGCACUCUUGGUCGGUUAGUUGCCAAUUUGAGGCGUUCAAGACUGGACAUAAGUGUGGAAGUGAUAGUGGCUGGUUAGCGGUAGUUGAACUGCUUAAGGAAAACUCAAAAACAAACAAAGCGCUUAUUGAAAGUGCGAGUGAGGAGCUUAAAACCGCAAAGAAAUAUUAUAUUAAGUUAUGCUCAACCAAUUAAUAUAAACGAAAACGUGAAGUGGCAGUAAAAAAGCUAAAGUAAAUAUUAUUAUCGUUUUAAAUAUCACUUUUGUUGGGUUGUUGAAAGUAAAAAGUGGCUUAACAACCGCACUGUUGCGCGCAAUGAAUCAUAAUUACGUGCCCGUUUGUUGAAGCAGGUAACAGAACUGCAGUGCAACUUAUGGCAAGCAUAUGGACUUGAGCGCUACACUGACAAAAAUUUGCUUUUGUAGGAAUUUUAUUAAUUCUUUGUAUUAUAGAUUUUAAUUUUAAAACGAGAAAACAAAAAAAUUGCUCAGAACAUGAAGUCGCUGUUAUUUACUGUUUUACUGCUGUACUGCCUGCUACAUACAUCCAGAUCAGCAGAGAAUUCCACCGAAGUGCUCAUGAAAUUCCUUGCAAAUGCCAACCAAAAGUUAGCCUCACUUUACAAUCGUGAAGUGUUCGCCAAUUGGCAGUUGGAGGUGAAAGGACCGAACGACCUAUACGCUCUACUGCAGUCAGAGCUGACCGGCGAUGAGAUAAUGAAUUAUCUACAAAGCAUAGCACCGAAGUGUGCCAAGUUCAAGCGUUUAAACAUCGGCAAUCCUCAACAGCAACGCGAAUUGGCGCAAAUACCCGAAACAGGUUACGAAGCUUUGUCUCCUGCAGAUCUCAAACUGAUGUACAUUGUUACUAAGAAUAUGGGUGAUAUUUACAAGAAUACGAAACUUUGCGCUUUCCACGACCGAAAGCAAUGUAAUCUAACUCUCAUACCGGCGGUGCAGAAUAUUUUGCAUAACAGUAAUGAUGUUGCUGAAAUCGAAUAUUACUGGAUAGAGUGGCGUCGGAGGACCGGCAUGCCAGCGAAGCAAGAUUUUGUGUCAUUUGUUGAGUUGUAUAGAAAGACAGCGCAGUUGAAUGGUUUCUCCAAACCAUCAGAAUUCUGGUUCAAAGACCUUGAAGAGGAUAGCGCACAGACUGCUACAUUAUUAGAAGGUUUCAUGCAACGUCUGAAGCCACUUUUUCAGGAAUUUCACGCACAUGUCCGAGGACAAUUGAGAAAAUUGUAUGGUGAGGAGUUGAUACCUCGCGGCAAGCCAUAUCCUCAAAACCUCGCAGAGAUUUUCAUAGGCAAUGCUUUCCGUCGUGCUGACCCCGAAUGGUACAUAGAAUUUCCAUACCCUGAAGUCGGAAUGCCUAACAUUACUGCUGGUCUGUUGCGACGUGGUUUGAAUAAUCCACAGCGUGUCUUCUGGAAUGUGGCGGAGUACUUCCGCUCCAUGGGUAUGAAACAAAUGGAAGACACAUUUUGGUCCAAUAACGCACGUCCUAAAGCCGAUUUGGAUGAAGAGAGUAUGCGUUGCUGGCAUAAAGCGUGGAAGUUUUAUGGUAUAAAACGCGUUAACUUCUCUUAUUGCCCUUUAGUAGAUGAAGAAAGAUUCUUUAAUAUGUUUGAGGCGUUAGCUGAUGUCUAUUACUAUCGUGCUUACGAGCAACAGUCAACACUCUUUGCCGAGGAACCCUUUCCCAACUUCAGUGAUGCGCUGGGGAAAAUGUUCUCCUUGUCAGCCUCGUCACCACGUUACUUAGAAAAAUUAAAAGUCUUGGAACGUGGUGUGGUGUCAAAAGAAUUGAGAAUUAAUCGACUCUAUUGGCAGGGUCUUCGCACGAUAUUCUUGCUUCCCGUAUUUUAUGUUUUGGAUCGUUAUCGAGUGGAUGUGCUUGAUGACCGUUUAAAUAUUUCCGACAAUUGUGCCUAUUGGCAGCUGACAACGGACUUUACGGGCGCCGAGCCACCUGUGAAUAGAAGCAAUGAAGAUUUUGAUGCACCAGCAAAGUUGUUGAUAGAAGUGGACGAUCAAUAUACUAGCCAAAUAAUGAGCACUGUUCUGCAAUAUCAGCUCUACCAGCAUUUCUGUGAAAUCACUGGACAAUAUAAACCAAAUGAUAAAAAUUAUCCACUUGAUUUAUGCGAUUUAUCAAAUCAACGACAAAUCGGACCUAUAGUGAUGGAAGCAAUGUCUUUAGGCUCCUCGAAAUCCUAUAAGGAUAUUCUUAAAAUAAUGACAAAAGAGUCGUCCAUAAACAUGGAUGGUUUGCUGGCCUACUUUCAACCGCUCUAUGAAUGGUUGGUGGAACAAAAUCGUUUAGAUGGUGUGGAAAUAGGUUGGGAGCCAACAACGAAAUGCACUUAAGAAAACGACGCACAAAAAAUUAUUCAACGGUCACUGAAAUCAAGUGAUUUGUGGUAUGAAAUUAAAAAAAAUUGUAUUAAGUUCACCAAAUUAACUAAUAUUUUUUAAUAUAAUUCAAUAUUAAAAUGUCAUCUUAUAAUUAAUUGUAUGUAACUACAUCGAAUUGACAUCGGAAGAACACAUCAAGAUGCCUUUUCAAUAAGGCUGAGCAAGCAAUAAUAGUAUUUUCAACAAAUUCAAUUAUAUAUAUAAAUAAGAAAUCAAUGAUAUAUGCUAUUGAAUAAAUAAUGUAAU